AGCACGUGAUUUAUGUGUUCCUGGUGUUGAAAAAAUACCAAUAGCUACGCCAGCAAUAUGUACCUUAACCCGUUAGUGGUAUAAAAGAAGUUAGUAGUGAUAUUUUGAAGAUCAGUGUUUGAAAAAUCAAUAAAUAAUCGUUGCAUAACGUCGGAGCAGCUAUGCAGUGAGAAGAGAAACCAAAAGAACCAUCAGAGGAGGGCAAAUCAGAAGAGGAGGCUGCGACCAAGAUCCAGGCGGUGUUCCGGGGUCACAAGACAAGGCAGUCCAUCAGCAUGAAGGCGGCCACCAAGUCCGGCCAGGAGCCCGAGCCGUCCAAAGCCGAGCUCGAGGCUGAGUUCAGAGCUGAUGAUAAAGAGCUCUGCAAUGCGGCGACUAAGAUACAGGCCUCGUUCCGGGGACACCAGGCCCGCAAGCAGGCGCCCCCGGCCGAGCCCCAGGUGGAGAAGACCCAGGAAGAACAGGACAAGGAGGACAUAGAGAAGAUCGACUUGGCAGAUCCGGAUCUGAACAAGGCUGCCACCAAGAUCCAAGCUUCAUUCCGAGGUCACAAAGUGCGCAAAGAUACCCCCAACUAAGUUGGCAAUGCGUUCUUCUCUUUGCAGGAAUGUACUUUUUAUGUACGAUCUUGAAUAGCUACAACAAAUAAAAAUUAUGUGUACAGUUAUUUUUCAUAUUUAUGUCAUUCAAAUUGUAGCUAUGCGGGAAAAGGAUUUUAUAGCAAAGUCAACAUCUUUAUUACGAGAAUUGACAAAUGUUGAUACAUCUAAUGAGAACUGUAAAUAAAUUGCAAAUCUCGCAGAGAACUAGGAUUUCAAUAUCAUAGCCUGUAAGAGUGACUUCAAUAUUAAAAAUGUUAAAAAGAAAUUUAACUUUCACUCAUUCAAUAAAAAUUAUAUAAUAUUUAAUUUAUAGUAUCCACUGCCAUUUUAUUCAAGACAUACAUAAAGAGAUACAAACGCAGCGUUCAUUAGUAAAGUUAAAUUAGUAAUCAUUCGAGGUAUGUCAAUUAUUUAGUAUUGCAUAUAUCAGACAUAGGCAAAAUGCUGGGCGCAAAUUCCGAGAUUGAGUUAUGCAAUACUGUUCAUAAUCAUCUUUUUAUCGCAAGUAAUAACUGUCAAUAUAACAGACGACAGACGAUUAUGAUUUUUUGACGGGUGACUAAAAUGUAUUUCUGACAUUUGCAUGCAUUAAAUAAAUUGACGUGACAAAUGAUUACUGAAAUGUAGAGAAGACGAGAAUUAAUAUUAAUAACACUUAAUUAUAUUAAUAAAACUAUAUAUAUGUAGGUAAACUAUAUAUUAUUAUUAUUAUCUGUCCCAUUUUUUCUAUAACAAAAUUUUGGUCAAUAUACUUCAUGAAAAAAAUAUUGU